UCUUUCUCUUUCUCUCUCUCUAGGUUUUAAUUGGUAGAGCUCUCCAAUUAUAUCUUCCAACAAUAAAUUAAAAAAAAAAAAAAAAACUCUUCUUUCUCUUUUUUCCAAGAACAAGAAGUGAACAGUGUUGAUUCCAUCUCCAAAAUUAGGUUUCUUGAAGCAACUAAAGGUCUCAGGAAAGAUAAUUAUAUCAUCUAAUAUCUUCUCUAAUUCAGAGAAUGGCUAGGGAGAAAAUAAAGAUAAAGAAGAUAGAUAAUAUAACAGCAAGGCAAGUGACAUUUUCAAAGAGAAGAAGAGGGCUUUUCAAGAAAGCUGAGGAGCUUUCUGUUCUUUGUGAUGCUGAUGUUGCUCUUAUCAUUUUCUCUGCUACUGGAAAACUCUUUGAUUUUUCUAGCACCAGCAUGAAGGAUAUUCUUGGAAAAUAUAAGCUGCAGUCAGCUAGUCUUGAGAAGGUUGACCAACCUUCCCUUGACUUACAGCUAGAGAAUAGCCUCAACAUGAGAUUAAGCAAACAGGUUGCUGAUAAAACUCGUGAGCUAAGGCAGAUGAGAGGUGAGGAACUUAAAGGAUUGAGUUUAGAAGAAUUACAACAAAUUGAGAAAAGACUUGAAGCUGGAUUCAACCGUGUACUUGAGAUUAAGGGUACACGAAUUAUGGAUGAAAUUACCAAUCUUCAAAUAAAGGGUGCUGAACUGAUGGAAGAAAACAAACAAUUGAAACAAAAAAUGGCAACUCUGAAGAAAGGAAAGUUGCCUUUAGUGACUGACAUUGUGAUGGAAGAAGGCCAAUCAUCUGAGUCUAUAAUUACAACCAAUAAUCCUCCUGACCAAGAUGAUUCCUCAAAUGCAUCUUUGAAGUUAGGUGGUACUCCUGCAGUUGAAGAUGAUUCCUCAAUUACAUCUUUGAAGUUAGGGUUACCAUUCACCUAACAAAUUCAAAGGGGGACGCUUUUGUUGAAGAUCGUACUACUACUACUACUAAUAAUUUUUGGAUGAAAACAAUGAGUGGCAUAUAUAUUUGCCGCCUUUGGGAAUAUAAUUGUCACUGCUUGUACUAUCUAUAUUAUAUGUAUGUGGACAACUUGAGAAAGGGCAGAAUUAAUGCAGAUUAACUAACCAUCUCAUUUUGGGACUUGUGUUGUGAGAGGCAUUAGACAAUGUAGUCUCUGAGUUCACGUGAAUUCAAAAUAAGUUUGAAUUCUCUACAUAUUUAUUAUGAUACGAAAUAUCUAUAAAUAUUUGAUUAUAUAUGUAAUUAAUUAAUAUUGUAUAGUAAAUUGAAGUCGCUGAA